UUUUUUUUCUGGGUUAUAUAAAAAAAACUCCCACUUUUUCCUUUUUUUUUAUUUUUCUUCCCAUUUUCUUUUACUUUUUCCUUUAUUUAUUUUUAUAUAAUAUAUAUAUUCAUUAUUGAAUUCUUUUUUUUUCAAUUUCUUUAUUGUUUUUAUAAAAAGAAACAAUGCUUACUAUUGAUACCCAUGGCAUCAUGACCCCUGAUCGCUCGGUUGUACCAAGUCCAGCUUUAUCUCAUACAACAGCUUCACAUAGACAUCUUCAUUCCAAUGAUACAAGUAUUAUCGAUAUUACUGAAUUGACAAAACGAUUACAAAUUGCUGUAUCCAAUCCUAGACGUCGAUCUCAUCUAAUACAACAACAAGGAUCUACUCCUCCAACUUCUUAUACAUCUAGUCGGUCUACUUCUUCAUCUUCUUCCUCUACCACCUCUUCUUGUUAUUCUCCUUCUCAGCCUUUAUCAUCAUCACUUUGUCCUUCUUUACCACAACAAUUUAUUUUUAAACGUCCUGAAUACAAUGAUUAUUAUCAUCAAACUCAUUUUCAUCAUCAUCAAUAUUACCACGUGCAUCAUGAUCAUUCAUCAUCACAUUCAACAACACAAUGGUUAGAUCGGCUCAUUCAUUCAUCAUCAUCAUCGUUUUCUUCUGUUGUAUCAAGUCAUUCAAGAUCACCUGAUUUCACUUUUGGCAAUCAAUUUCAUCAUGAUUUGGAAACUCGUUAUGGAAAAUGGGGUCGUUAUAUUGGUAAAGGUGCGGGUGGUUCUGUUCGAUUGAUUCGACGUAAUAAAGAUCAAUCCAUCUUGGCGGUCAAACAAUUUCGAAAACGACUGACUCAUGAAAGUGAAAAAGAAUAUACCAAGAAAGUGACGGCGGAGUUCUGUAUUGGCUCUACUUUACAUCAUCCAAAUAUCAUUGAAACAUUAGACAUGAUACAAGAAGAAGAUGGUCAAUUUUAUCAAGUUAUGACUUUUGCUCCAAAUGAUCUCUUCAACAUUGUCAUGAGUGGAAUGAUGUCUCGUGAAGAAAUUGCUUGUUGUUGGCGUCAACUUAUUAAUGGCCUGGAAUACCUUCAUCAUACUAUGGGUAUUGCUCAUCGAGAUCUCAAGUUGGAUAAUUUGGUAUUAGAUCAAUAUGGUAUAUUGAAGAUCAUUGAUUUUGGUUGCUCCACUGUUUUCAAAUAUCCUUUUGAAUCUUCCAUUCUUAUGACAAAAGGCAUCUAUGGAUCAGAUCCUUAUAUUGCCCCUGAACAAUAUACGCAAUCAAGCUAUGACGCUCAAUUGUCAGAUUUAUGGUCUUGUGGUAUUAUUUUUAUCUGUAUGACCAUUCGACGAUUCCCAUGGCGUGUUCCUCGCAUGUGUGACAAGUCAUUCAGACUGUUUGCUCAACAUCGUGGUCUAUUGAAAUUAUUACCAAGAGAAGCUCGUACUGCCAUGACUGGUCUUUUGGAACUGGAUCCCCAAAAACGAUGGACUUUGAAGCAAUUACUGGAUGAUGAUUGGGUCAAGACAACUGAUAUGUGUACUGAACAAGAACCUGGAAAACAUCAUGUCCAUCAUGUUUCCACUGCUGCUAAUGAUCAUCAUCGCAACAAUCUAGUCAUCAUGACUUCCGAACCUCCUGGUGUAGUAGCUGAAAAAGAAAGAAAACGACUUUAUCAUCAACAAUAUCCUCCAGCAUCAUCUUACAACAACAAUCAUCGUCAAAACAAGACUUGUCAAUAAAUCCUUUUUUACAUUACCCUUCCUUUUUUUUUUUUGUAUCUAUCUCUCUUUUAUUUUUAUUUUUUUACACUCAUUCUUUUUUUUAUUUUACUUUUUUUUAUAUAUGAUUCUCUAGCAUUCCAUUCCACCUUUUUAUAUAUUAUACCAAAUAGCCUAUGUAGUUACUUUUUUUUUUUUU